CAGAUUCUAGUCAUAUAAAAGAGGAGUUACAAAAUGAAAAAGAUCAGAAUCAAGAAAAAACAGAGGAUAUGCAGCACAAAGAGAUUUCAGAGAAAGAAGUCACCCAGACGCCGCUGCAACCUGUUACUACAGGUAAUCCCAGUCCGGAGUCAAAUACAGAAAGUCUGUCAGAAAAUGAUUUUCAAAGUCCCAAAGCUGCUGAUAGUGUUGAAUCUUCAGACUUUCAGAAGCUUCAGCAAGAUGUGAACCAGCCAGCCAAAACAAAUAAAGACAUUGAAAUAGAGGAGGAAUCUGCAACAGAUAAAAAGGAGCAACCUACAGAAGAAGUGUCUGUACUUGGGAAAAAUAUAAAGGAAGAAUCAGAACCUGCAGAAAAGCCGACCACAGCUCAGCAUGAGUAUCUAGAUCCACAGCAAAGCCAGCAACAACCUGUGGAAGAAAAGAAACAUCCACCUCCACAAGUUGUCAACCCUCUGGUCACACCCCCAAUCUUACAAGAAGAUGACAAUGAAGAACCCGAAGAAGAGCCUUAUGAGCCUACACCCCAAGAGCUAGAAGCUGAACGAUUAUUUCAAGCUGGGGAGAAGCUCAUCAACGCCACGUAUUACAAAGACUAUAAAGAGGCUUAUCAAUACUUUGUGAAAGCUGCCCAGCUUGAUCACCAGAAAGCCAAGGAGUAUGUAGCCUUUGGUCACCUAUUUGGGGAUUACCUCAGCCAGGACAUAGCCAAAGCUGCCAACAUGUUUGAAGAGCUUGCCAGUCAAGGUUCACCCAAGGCCCAGAUGGGACUUUCCUUCAUGUACAGUGCUGGGUUACACUACAACUCCAGUCAAGCCAAGGCAUUGAUCUAUUCCACAUUUGGAGCUCUGGGGGGAGAUCCACUGGCCCAAAUGGCCUUGGGUUAUCGAUACUAUGCUGGCAUUGGAGUUGAAUCCAAAUGUGAAACUGCACUGACCUAUUAUAGAAAAGUGGCUACCAAAGUGGCUGAUUCUGUGACGCUAGCCGGAGGACCUGUGGUUCAGAGAAUCAGGUUACAAGAGGAAGUGGAGAGCCAAGGAGCCAACAACAGUCCAAUGCUAGACGAUGACCUGCUCCAGUACUACCACUUCCUGGCAGAUAAAGGAGACCAGCAGGCUCAGGUUGUGUUGGGAACACUCUACUAUCAAGGAGGUAAAGGAGUACAGAUAAAUCAUGAGCAAGCUUAUCAUUAUUUUUCAACUGCAGCUGAUGCUGGAAAUGGUCAUGCCAUGGGCUAUCUUGGAAAGAUGCAUUCUGAAGGCAGUCCAGUAGUGAAACAGAGUAAUGCCACAGCCUUUGAGUAUUUUAAGAAAUCAGCUGAUAAAAGCAAUCCAAUCGGUCAAGCUGGCCUGGGUAUGAUGUACUUGAAUGGACUUGGAGUGGACAAAGACUUUAACAAGGCAUAUCGUUUACUUGUUCUUGCUGCUGACCAAGGGUCUGUGGAUGGUCAACUCCAGUUGGGAGUUAUGUACUUCAGUGGAGUUGGAGUUAGACGGGAUUACAAAAUGGCCGUCAAAUAUUUUACGAUGGCUUCCCAGAAUGGCCAUGUGCUGGCAUUUUUUAAUCUGGCCCAGAUGCAUGCAACAGGUACAGGAGUACUGAGGAACUGCCACACAGCUGUCGAGUUGUUUAAAAAUGUGGCAGAACGAGGGCGAUGGUCCGAGAUGAUGAUGGACGCUCACCGCAUGUUUCAUGAAGGCAGUGUGGACGCGGCUUUGAUUAAGUAUAUGUUUUUAGCUGAGCUGGGCUAUGAGGUGGCACAGUCAAAUGUGGCAUAUAUUCUGGAUAAUGGCCUAUCUGACAAGUUCAAUAAACCAGAAAGCUAUCAACGAGCUUUGUUGCAGUACUCCAGAGCUGCUUCUCAGGGUUCCACUCAUGCCAUACUAAAGAUGGGAGACUACCAUUACUAUGGCCUUGGUACCGAUGUCGACUACGAGUCAGCAGCCACACACUACCGGCUGGCCUCGGAGCAGCAGCAUAAUGCCCAGGCCAUGUUCAACCUGGGAUACAUGCAUGAGAAAGGCUUAGGGCUGAAGCAGGAUGUUCAUUUAGCCAAGAGGUUCUAUGACCUGGCCUCUGAGACAAGCAUCGAUGCUCACAUUCCAGUCACUCUUGCUCUUCUUAAACUUGGCAUGUUUUAUGGGAUGGACGUCUUCAACAAAGAGUUUGAAGGCGUAUCUGGAUUAUUAGAACUAUUGGAUCCCGUCAAUUACUUUGGUCCUGAGUGGGAUCUUUAUUUAGCAUCUCUCAUCGCUGUUCUAUUCGGCAUUAUUUAUAUUUUACGCAGAAAUGUAAGAUAACAUGGAGCUGACAUUAUGAAACUUACUUUAUUUUCAAAUUUCGCUGAUAAUAAAAAUCCGCUAUUUAUAUUUUUUCUAGGGAGUUACGUGUGAUCUUGGAAGGGGUGUAAUGUAUUAACUUGAUUUUGUAUCGUCAACUUAUUAUAUUGAAAAUAGUCUCCUUCCAGCAACUUUAGUAAGGGAAAUAAUCAUCCAUAGAAAGCUUGAACAUGUCUAUUUUUGUCAAUCUUACAAAAUGUUUAAAGUCAUAAAUUGUUUUUUUUUUUUGUGAAAUUAAUUUAUCCAUUUUUUUAAAUAUCCCAUCGUGCAAUUAAGAUUCUAAUAAAAAUUUUGUUGCCUUAAAAAAAUGACAUCAUUGAAACUUGUUCUGUAACAAAAGAGCUUUUUUAAGUAUAUAAGUACUAUUUUAAAGAAACUGGUACAUUUCUUAAUCAAAGACCAACCGAUCCAGUUCUACAAUGUAGUACCGGUAGCUCAUGGUUUUCACAUCAGCCUAAAGUUGCAAGAUAGCAGGUCAGAAUUGGUUGAAAUGACCCUCCUCUGCCUUACACAGACACACCACUCUGUCACUGCCAUAACAAGAUACAAUCAAAUAGUGGGAAUAACUAUUUAGAUCCAUUGCUGUCCAUUAGACAGAGUUACCCUUUAAAAAAAAAAACAUUUCGAUGCUCUCCCCUUGAUUGUCUUCCCCUUGAACUCUCAGAAUUAGGUGUUAUGUUUUUUAUAAAAACAAUCUUGUUGAUUGCAUUCUUACCCAAACUUGUUUUGUAGUUAUCCCCCACUAUUAGUUAUGUGAGAGUAUAUAUCUGUUCAAUGUGUUUGAGAGAUUAUUACAUUGGGCGGCUAGCUGCGACAGAUGGUCUGUUGCUAGCAUUUAACGUGGAUUGUGUGUCAGGUUAUCUACAUGACAGUUAUUAGUAAGGACUUCUGCUUCACUGCUAUACCCUGCUACAGGCAUGUGGGCAAUCUUUGUGUAAAUGGAUUUUCAAUUCGAAGAAGAGUUAUGGUUUAUGUGUUUGGAUGUUAUGUGCAGUAGAGACCAACCAAAGUAUUCGGAUGCUCAAGUUUAAGAUGUAAUGGGUUAAUGAACAUGUUUUUAUUUUGUUUUUGUCUUGAUAUAUAUUCCAGAUUCAGUUAAGCCAGGGGUUCUCAACCUGUGGGUUGCGACCCCCUUGGGGGUCGAAUGACGAUUUGCGGGGGGUCGCCCAAGACCAUCGAAAAUAUGGAUUGUUAUUGUCUUUUCUUCUAUUGCUGUAUGUGUGUGUGGGGGGGGGGGGGUCGCGGCAGAAAAGGUUAAGAACCACUGAGUUAAGUGAAAGGAUGUUAAAUAAAUUGUGGAUGCAUAUAAAUAGUGUGUUUAUAAAAGUUCUGGUUGGUCCAUUUAUUUGUCUAAGUCUUAUGUUAACAAUAAGUGAGAAAGUGAUUGGAAGCAUUUGGGUUAUUGAGUCCCAGGUUCCUAGAUCUGCUCCACCUGCAGUCUCUAUAAAUCUGCUAGGAUAUAAGUUGGCAGGGGUUGGGUGGAAGAAGUUGUAAGUCUUUAGUCCAAUAGAAACCAUUUCUUUACAUACUGUUUAGUUUAAUGGGGACUUGAUGGCAUUCCAGAGAAUAGGAAAAGUUUGAACCUUUUGAUUUAGCUGCCAAAUUAGUUAAUUGCUUCAAGUAACAUUGUGCCGAACUUUUUAAAACUUUUUACAAAAGAUUGUACAUUUUGAGGUUUAAAAUCAUUUUAUAUCAACCCUUACAAAUGUAUUUGUUAUCCCUAUGAAAGCAGUGAAAAUGUCAACAGAAGUAUUUGUUAUCCCUAUGAGAGCUGUGAAAAUGUCAACAAAUGUAUAUGUUUUUGUUAUCCCUAUGAGAGCUGUGAAAAUGUCAACAAAUGUAUAUGUUUUUGUUACCCCUAUGAGAGCUGUGAAAAUGUCAAUAAAUGUAUAUGUUUUUGUUAUCUCUAUGAGAGCUGUGAAAAUGUCAACAAAUGUAUAUGUUUUUGUUAUCUCUAUGAGAUCUGUGAAAAUGUCAACAAAUGUAUAUGUUUUUGUUAUCUCUAUGAGAGCUGUGAAAAUGUCAACAAAUGUAUAUGUUUUUGUUAUCCCUAUGAGAGCUGUGAAAAUGUCAACAAAUGUAUAUGUUUUUGUUAUCUCUAUGAGAGCUGUGAAAAUGUCAACAAAUGUAUAUGUUUUUGUUAUCCCUAUGAGAGCUGUGAAAAUGUCAACAAAUGUAUAUGUUUUUGUUAUCCCUAUGAGAGCUGUGAAAAUGUCACUGUAUUAACUAGUCUGAAGCAACACAACUGGAGAAAUACAAUAACUAAAGAUAUUGGGUCACACUGACUUAAUUGUCUUUAUUGGUUGGUAACUGAAGAAGGUUGCAUGGGACCAAUUUUAAUCCAGGAGGAUUUCUUGUUUAUUGUAUUUCUUUAAAUAGUUCUCUGCGCCUUGCAGUGGUAACGUUUAUAUAAUUUACUGUCGCUAGUUCCUAUAUAUAUAUACCACUGUCAUCAAGUUUUGUUGCUUCUUUUUAAUAUUAUAAUACUGUCAGCUUCAUUCUUUCUCUCCUAAUUGACGAUACAAAUGUCAAUUUGACCCCAUUAAAUUAAUUUUUGGUUUUAUUAAUUUGCAUUGUGUAAAAAGAGCAUGCAAUCCUUUUUAAUUCUAGACCAAAAAAAAAAACCCAACAUUUUCUGAUAAUAAACAACAAAAAAGUUAUUGAAGUUGAAUCAGAACAGGGUAGUGAAAUACAAAUGCGCAUAACGAAUAAUUCCAUUGCAACAUGGAAAAUAAUUACGGAGAGAAAGGAUUAACAAUUACAUUUAUUUUUUAAAUUAAAUUAUGUAAAUUGAAGCAGAAUUCACAAGAAUACAGGAAAAAAGCCUAUGUGUUAUUUCUUGAUAAAAUCAGAUGUCUGUUCACACUAAUAACAUCAAUAUUACAUGUAUUUUACUGAAAUAACAUAAAAGACAAAAAUGUUAUCAGUUGUACCAAUUUAUCCCAUGUGGUGAUUACCUGGCAUAUUGCUGUAAGUAGCACAGUACAUAUUAAUUUGUUUCAGUCUACAAAACACAUUUCUCUAUCAGACCAAAAUAAGAAUCAAAAAUAAAAAAAUUUGGCUCGAAUAAUGGCUUGUCUUGAAUAAUGUUUUUUUUAUUUGUACUUUAAUCAGUAAAUAAACUUACCAAAUUGAAUGUAUGUAGUUUUGUUUAUUUGAAGCUGGGUUAAACCCUCUACAAAUAGCUUGAAUGCUUUCAACAUGUAGAUUGUGUUCAAAUCAUUUUUGUUCUAGUAAUAUGUGUGUGAUGUUUGAAUGUGUAUUUGGUUGAUAGGUUGUGUUGCCAGGUAGACUCAUGUUUGUAUCAGAGUUUUGAGAGUUUGAAUAGCAGUUCAUCUGUGAUCUAAUGUUAUGAUCAAUUUUAUUCAAUAAAUUUUUUUUUAAUUGGAA